UUUUCGGCGAGACGACGUCCGUGCAUCGAACAGCAGCAAGUUAGUGCAACAAAUUUCUUUUCCCAUCACGAACUAAUCGAAAGGAACCGACGAAAAUGUCCGGUCCGACGGCUGCUAUGGUCGCCCACACCCGCAGGGUCUGUUCACUGUACAAAAAGUCCCUCCGGAACCUGGAGUCCUGGUAUGAUCGGAGGCACAUUUUCCGCUACCAGGCCGUGCUGAUGCGGGAACGCUUCGACAAACACAAGAACGAACGCGAUCCGGCCAAGAUUGCUCAACUGCUGAUCGAUGGCGAACGGGAACUGUUCGAAACGCAGCACUUCCAACCGAAGAAAUUCCCCAUGUCCCCCGGUGGUGUUGCGUUCGAGCGUGAGGUGAUUCCCCCGGACUGGGUUCUGGACUACUGGCACCCACUGGAGAAGGCCCAAUUCCCGGAGUACUUUGCCCGUCGCGAGAAGCGCAAGGAGGAAUACGUUGCCUGGUGGGAGAAGCAGUACGGUAAGACGUCCGCCUCGGAUGCGUCGCACCACUGAACACGCAGGACCGGGAGCAAAUAAUUGGUAUCGAGGACAAAAAUGUUUCGAAAAUUGUGCUUUUCUUUUGCAAAAAUGCCACAAACCACAAACAACUGUAACACACUGGUCAGCUAAUAUAGAGAAAUGAUGUUGUUUUAGAGCGAAA